GAUUGUGAAGUGCUCAGCCUUGUCGCUCCUUCACAAACCUCCAAGAGCCAACCGAUGCGCUCCUCCAGCGGCUGGGCUGAAGUUGAAGAGAGAGAGAGAAAUAACAUUACCUGAAACUGCUGAAGAUUCUUUAAAAUACAGGACAACACCGGGCAACCCUACGAAAUAUCAUCUUCUGUGGCUGAGAAGGUCAACAGUAUUGGAGGAUGAUUUUCUCUAAUGAAGAUGCCCGAACUGGACUUAAGAAGUCUGGUGAGAGGAGGGCGCUCCGCUCUCCAGGGUUGCCAUCCCCGGCUCUUUGCUGUGCUUGUGGGCUCUGCAUCAUGUUGGCGGGCAUUAACAUCACCCUUGUGGGGGCUCUUGCCUUUACUAAACUCCUCCCCUUAAACAAUCCUCCCAUGAUCAUCGGACCCAUCCUCCUCUUGGUGGCCUUUUCAUUUUUUGGAGCGUGUUGCAUCUAUAGUCGCCGACCCAUUGGACAGACUUCUCGGCUGUCUUCCGGACGGGACCACUGGCCAUUGAUGAGGAUGGGCGGAGCCGUGUUCGAGAUGGAGACCAGUGAGCCCACUCUACAGGACACCACAGCCAUUCAACUCAGUCCAACAAACUCCCCAAGCUCCACCCACCGUUAUAGCCCCGCCCACCUUCCGGGUGCUCCACUCCACCCUUCAAUAACCAAUGAGAGAACUCAUAGUUUAGACCAUGCUGUGCUAAAUCAAACCCUUCAACGCUCCGAACUGCCUGACUCUGCAAACAUCCACAGUCACACCAAGGUCUAUAAAUAAGAUGUUUCAUGAGCACUCAUGUAAUAGACAUAGACCACGAACAAAUCCAACUUGCUAUCAGCUCAUAGGGUCAGUCCGACCUUUGGCUUAAGAUUCAUGGUGAAAUAAAAAAAAACACCUCAUGUAAGCAUUGCAGGCUUAGAAUAUUAUGAAAAGGAAGAAUACAGGAUUAAUUGGAUCAAUUUGAAAGUGUUUUAUCCAGCGCUCCCGUCCUUUCUGGCAAAUCAGAUCUGGCAAAUUGUCUGAGCCAAAGAUAGAAAUAGAAAAUCUUGUUUUAAGAUUUAACUUAAGUCAAUCUUCAGACAUGACACCAAUGUUUAUCAAACUUUGUUGAGUCUGUUCAAGAAUGUUAUUAUCUCUGGUCUGAUUGGGUUGUUUUUAACAUUAAAAAUGUUUAGUCGUACAUAUUACAUUAUUAUUAUUAUUAUAUUACAAUAUCUGUAAACGCAUGAAACUAGAGAUGCACAGAUAUUCCAUUUUUGGCGGAUACCUAUGCUAUAAGUUGCUAAUUAUUUUUAAUGUUACGGUGAUGUUAUAUAAAAUACUGUUUAGA